AGAGGAGCCAAGGCCAGGAGCGAUGGAGGGGGAGCAGCUAUUUAGCAUCCCUGCUAAAAAAAUCAAAAGGCAUUUUUAAAUUUUUUCCCUUUAUCCUAACCCAUUGUCUCACGUGUUGCAGGCUGUCCCACUAGUGGGGAACAUUUGCCAUGGACAACGGUCAUGUAAGCAGAUACCGCUUAAGCGUCGCCACGAGCCCGCCUCGGUGGGAGAUCGGUAUCUACGCUGCCGGCGCCUUGGCACUGCUGGGGAUAGCCGCCGUCAACCUCUGGAAGCUCUGGCGCUCCGGCAGCUCCCCGGCCCCUUCCCCCUUCCCCAACUACGACUACCGAUACCUGGAGCAAAAGUACGGGGCAGCGUAUUCGGAUGUCAAACACAAGCGAGGGAUGGCCCCGAGCUCGCAGAGGGCGCUGGAUAAGACCUCACCCAUCCGCAAGGCCAGCCUGCGGGCAGAUGACACCUUCGAGAGCAUUAACGAGCUGGGGAGCCUGGAGCUGAUGAGCAAAGACCUGGGCUUGGCCUCCUACGGCCCCUUGAAGAAAUCCAUCUCGGCUGACUCCCUCAGCUCCAUCUCCUCCAUCGGGAACAACUUUGGGCAGGAUUUCACAGUGGGGCAGGUGGAGGUCUCCAUGGAGUACGACGGGAAGGCAGCCACCUUGCACGUGACGCUGCUGCAGGGCAAGGACCUGCUGGAGAAGGACGACGCUCGCUUCGAGUCCUGCUUCAUGCGCAUCAGCCUACUCCCGGCCGAGCAGAUCGUCGGCAUCUCCCGGAUUCAGCGGAGCGCCUACGCCGUGGCCUUCGACGAGCGCUUCUCCAUCCCACUGGACCCAGUGGCGCUGGAGGAGAACAGCCUGCGCUUCUCCGUCUUCGGCAUCGACGAGGACGAGAGGAACGUCAGCACUGGCGUGGCCGAGCUCAAGCUCUCCGACCUGGACCUGGCCACGCGUCCCUUCAACGCCUGGCUCUACCUGCAGGACAUGAACAAGGCGGUGGACACGGUGGGGGAGAUCCUGCUCUCCCUGAGCUACCUGCCCACGGCCGAGCGCCUGACGGUGGUGGUGGUCAAAGCCAAGAACCUCGUGUGGACCAACGGCAAAGUGACCGCAGAUCCCUUCGUCAAGGUGUACCUGCUGCAGGACGGGAGGAAGAUCAGCAAGAAGAAGACAGCAGUGAAGAGGGAUGACACCAACCCUGUGUUCAACGAGGCCAUGAUUUUCUCGGUGCCGGCCAUUGUGCUCCAGGUCCGUCCCGGCUCAGGGGACAUGUCCCAGUGGGGGGCACAUCCCACUGCUCCUCGAGGUCCCCAGGUCCCUGCGCUA